AUGGCUGGCUCGCGCUAUCAGUAUGUCAAGAAAUUUGAACUCCCUGACCCAAUUCUUCCCGGGACAUUCAUGGUAUUACGCAUAGACGGUCAUGCAUUUCAUCGGUUGUCCGAAGUCCACAAAUUUGCAAAGCCAAACGAUGAGCGCGCUUUGCAGCUGAUGGAUCAUGCUGCGCGAGACGUCAUGAACGAAUACAAAGACAUCGUCCUAGCCUUUGGCGAGUCGGAUGAAUACAGCUUCCUCUUUCGAAAGUCUACCGCCCUCUACAAUCGACGGCAGGCGAAAAUAGUGACGACCCUCACAUCACUCUUCACCUCGUCCUAUGUCUUCAACUGGUCGAGAUAUCUUCCAGAUACACCACUCGAGUAUCCACCGUCAUUUGACGGCCGGAUCGUCGUCUAUCCGUCACAAAAAGAAAUCCGGGACUACUUCUCAUGGCGCCAAGCAGAUACACACAUUAACAAUCUGUACAACACGAUUUUCUGGGCUCUGGUUCAGCAAGGCGGCGAGACGACGACGCAAGCGCACGCGAUCCUCCGUGGCACUGUGUCCGGCACCAAAAACGAGAUGCUGCACUCGCGCUUUGGUAUCAAUUACAACACGAUACCGGCGAGGUACAGGAAAGGCAGCGUGCUCGUACAGGAGCGGGUGUGUUCUCUCUGUUCUUGGAUUUUCGAGUUACCCCCGGCGAGCUCGGACGAUCUGGCGUCGACUGCAGGCGAGACGCCAGGCACGCCGCAGCAGCCAGAGCAGGCACCGUCGGGCAGUUCGAAGCAGAAAGCGUCCAAGAAGGCCCACGCCCUGACGAGGAUCGAACUCCACCACUGCGAUAUUAUAGGCGACGAAUUCUGGGACCAGCGGCCGUACCUACUAGCAGAGUAG